AACGACACAUGGUCAUGUGAUCUGCAGAGACCUUGUAAAAGCAUCUGGCGAGUUGUCAAGUUAGCGUUAAGUGGGGAUCAAAUUUACUUAGACGGCACUAACACUGACAAAGACCCUUACAACUGUUCAUCAGGAACGUCACAGCAUCCGGGGAUUUACACCCACAAGAGUCUCUCUCUGAUUGGUUCUGCCAGUCCUAUGCCUCAGAUACAAUGCUCUGAAGGAACAGGUUUGAUAUUCAACGGUUCUGAUAGCGAGGAGCAAAUGAAAAUAACUAUAUCAGGACUUCUUGUAAACAACAGCUUUGUCAGCUUCCAAGACUCGUCCGUUUAUGUUCAUGGUUGUAAAUUCCAAGACAGCGUACGGGGUGUGGAAAUCAAUAUUUCCUCCAGGAUGUUUGUGGACAUUCAGAUUGUAAGUUCAUCCUUCUCUAGGAACAGAAAAUGUAUCUCUGUAAAUGUCAACAGUAAAAGCAGUUCUUUUCAACGAACUCAAGUAACAUUUAAGAUUAAAAGUUCCCUUUUUGAAGACAACUUUUUGUCAGAUGACGGGAAAGUUAUAUCAUUUGCUGCAUUAUCUUCAACUAAACAAUCUGUAAGUUGUAAUGUGAUCUUGGAAAGCACAGUAUUUCACCGAAACAUGCUUAGUCCGAAAGGUCUCAUUUGGGUAGAUACAAGAAAAGCCAGGCAGUUCAUUAAACUUCACAAUGUGACAGUUAUUGACAACUAUCCUUCGUCGCACCAAGCUUUUACGAUGGGUGGUUACAGUGAAUGCAUCGUUAACUGCAACGAAGUAACAAUUUCAAUCAAUUCAAGCAACUUCAGAAGUCAACAUGCACGGUCUUUUAAUAUCAUUGCCUCCAACAUUUCAGUAGCGAUCUAUAACUCCAGUUUUACUAGCCAAAGGGUGGUCGGGAGUGGCGGAGCCAUAUCCUUGAGAGGAAAUUAUCUUCAUGCGUUUAACGUGUAUAACUCGUUUUUUGUAAAUACAGCUGCUGAUGAAGGUGGAGCAAUUUCCAUUGAAUCUGCCACUGUUCACAAGGUUAGUUUCUUCAAUGACAGUUUCACCAACAACACUGCGAAGAAUGGUAAAGGGGGAGCGCUUUACAUUUACACAUCAGGGUCAAUCUACAAGAAUUUUCAAUACUCGACAGACGACAAUAAUAGCGUGCAAUACAUUAUUCGACGAGACACGCAAUUUCACUUGAGCGUCACUAACUGCGUUUUUAUUAACGCUAGCAGUUCCGCUGGGGGAGGAGGUAUACAUGUCAAGGCUACGAGGGUUUUGAUGAGACUGCGUCACUCUGCGUUCAUUGGCUGUUCUAGUAACGCGCAAAGGCAUGGAGGAGGAGGGGCUUUAAUAGAUGUAUUAACGUCGGACCUAAAAAGAAAGCCGGGCAAAGAUUUUCUUUUGAUUGUAGAAGGUUCCCGUUUUGAGCGAUGUAGACAGGCGCUGAAGACUACUGACAUGACUGGGGGCUCAUUGAGUGUUUUAGCAAAUGCAACCCAAAUAGAAAUUGUUAUAAAUAACAGCGAUUUUAUUUCCAAUCAUAGAGGUGCUGUUGCUGUUUAUUCCCCACAAAAUUUGACAAAAAGAGUCUGCAAUGUUACAGUUAAUAACUCUGUCUUCUUACACAAUAAUGGAACACCUAUCGUCACAUUUAUUCUCAAAGAAAGCAAUAUCGUUUUUGAAAACGUUACCAUAGAGUCUAAUAGCGGAGGAUACUAUGGAGGCGCUUUUAUCGGUUUUAAUGCAACUCUUAGCAUACUCGGAUCUCGAUUCUUAAAAAAUAGAGGCUCUUAUGGCGGAGCGCUAGCAAUGGUCUUGAGUAAACUGAGAGUGUUUGAUUCCGUUUUUGACGGCAAUCAUGUCCGGAUCGACUAUUUGGGUCCACUUAAAAAGGGAAUGGGAUUUGGAGGCGCCAUGAAUAUCUUCGGUAAACAAGGACAGUCCUUAUCUGUUGAAAUAUAUAACGCUACAUUCAAGAAUUGUUCUGCUAGUCUAGAAGGAGGUGCUAUUUCCAUAAAAGCCACAGAUUCCGCGUAUGUCAACGUUAAAAUCAAAGGAUCUAAAUUCGCGCAGAACUCGGUUUUUGCGCCGAAUGAAAAUAGCUACGGAGGAGCAGUGAUCAUCUUUGUAGGAACAGACACCGAGGUUGAUCCACAAUGUUUCCCACUAGAUAUAUUUUGGUCAUGCAAGUCUCGUGGUAACAGAAACUUUCGCUUAUGGGAUUACAGAAGUUAUUUUCUUUUUGAAAAUACAACGUUUUUGAGAAAUGCUGCAGUUAUGGGUGGCGCGAUAUAUUUGAAAUACGGAAACGCAACAUUUCGAAAUUGCUCCUUUAGUGACAAUUUCGCAGCAAACCUUGGCGGUCACAUAUACAUUGGAACUGGUUCAUCCAGCCUUCAUUUGCAAAGCACUGUUUUCAAUCAAACUAUAAACCAGUUGCAGCUAGUGAGAAAAAGGUACACCAUAGGGUCUUUUCUUCACUCUGAAACUUCAGGAGCACUUGUUAUUCACAACACCACAAUGGACGCUAAACGAAUGUAUGACAGCAUCAUAACUAGUUAUCUCUUGCUGGUUCAGAAUGUUGGAUUGAUAGAUCUUGGAGACAAUAAUUUGACAAGGUUUUAUUGUCCACUUGGUAUGAAGAUGGAUAUUACUAAUUUUACAACUUGUGAAGUACAAACGAUAAAUGACACAUGCAGUAUCGCAGUAGACAUUCGCUCUCUACGAUAUUACUGUUUGACAUGUCCACAGGGAAAGUAUAGUCUGAAUCGGGGAGGUGCCUUUGGAAACGAGUUAAUACCAGGAUUUCAAUGUCUACCGUGCCCGUUUGGAGCAAACUGUUCUGAAAAUAUAAUCGCCAAAAAUAACUUUUGGGGCUUUGAAGAACAGGAUACCACUUCAACGCUACAAUUUACUUUGUGUCCGUUGGGUUACUGUCGCUCACCUGAUAUAAACGAUUACCCUGAAUAUAAUGGUUGUCAGGGUUACCGUUCUGGUAAAUUAUGCGGACAGUGUAGUGACGCCUACUCGGAGACACUUUACUCCACACACUGCAGACCUUCACAAGAGUGUAACGAUUACUGGUUUUGGCCUGUCUCGUUACUAUAUGUAUUGGUUAUGGCACUGUAUUUUACAUUUAGGCCUCCUUUUGCGGCCUGGACAAGGCGCCAAAUAUUCUGGUUUAAAAAAGAUGAAAUAGAGAACGAAGAAAGAAACUUUUCAAGAGGUUAUCUUAAGAUGGUCUUCUACCUCUACCAGGCGGCGGACAUUUUGCUGGUCUCCAACUCCUCACAACAAAUCUUCAAAACUAAAUUUGUCGAGCCUUUGAUUGGGAUGUUUAACUUUCAGCAAAAAUUUUCAUUGGGUGAAUUAGUUUGUCCCUUUCCUGGCCUCACCGUGGUAACUAAGCAGUUAUUUUGUGCGUCUCAGGUGAUUGGCACAUAUUUGAUGAUUGGCAUUAUUUACAUUGUUCACUGGGGAAUUCAGAAGUUUCGAGGUCAAGGAGCCCCAUUCGUUGGUCCUUAUAUUGGCGGUAUUCUACAAACCAUAUUGCUAGGAUACGCAACUCUUGUUUCUGUGAGUUUUGACCUGCUACGAUGCGUUCCCAUUGGUUCAGAGAAACGAUUGUUUUAUGAUGGAAACGUGGAGUGUUUUCAGUGGUGGCAGUACAUUUUGAUUGUUUUUAUCGCGAUGUCAUUUGCACCUUUCGUGUUUGUCCUGCUUUGGGGACCAAUUAAGUUGUUCCGAGGAUCCAUUUCUGCUGAAAAGUUCCUCCUUGCCUGUUGUUUUCCUUUACCUUAUUUACUAUACUGGGUGUUUGCUUUUUUUACAGAGAGAAAUGACAACGUAGACUCAUCCACCGAUCAAGAUUCUAUGAUCAUGAUAUUUGUUGAGAGAGUUCUUUACGAACCUUUUAAGAGACCAGAAGAUGGCAGCAAACUGUCUUUGAGCUGGGAAAGCGUUAUGAUUGGACGCCGACUAAUUCUCAUCAUCCUGAGAACGUUUGUCCUCGACCCAGUCUCUCGUCUUCUCACUAUGACCUUUUUCUGUGUUUUGUUUCUUCUCCAUCAUGUCCUGACUCAUCCAUUUCGUGACAGAAUGGCAAACACGCUCGAGACCAUUUCUCUACUGUCGCUAGUUUUGCUAGGGACUGUAAACGUGUUUUUUGCUUCUUUUCUGUCAUUAGCUGUACCACUAAGCGUUCAUUUUCAAUCUUGGUGGAGUUUCUGCGAACAAGUGGAAAUUGUCAUUCUUGGCACAGUACCCAUGGUUUUUUGCCUUUUUCUGUUUGCUCUUGUCUUUUCCCAGGUGUUUCGGGUUGUGUUGUUUGUCUGUGCCUUCUUGCGUCAUUUUUUUUCGAACUGUAUGAUGCAGCGCAAUUACGAUGAGACGAGGCCAGUGUUGUCUUAA